GCUCUCUCCUCCCCCUGCUUUUGUAACACGUUCAACGCGCUCGGUCCUCCUUGUGGGAAAUCGUCGACGGUCGUGGGUGAAUAAUUAUAAUUAUUCCAUUUUUGGGUUUUUCCUCUUGGUUGGACCAGACAUUGUUGAAUAUUCCUUUGUGCACACGCGGAAAUACGCAUCGUUAGACUGACGUGGCUGACUUUACAGAAAUGGGGAGAAAGGGAUUCUCGGCUGCUGGUCUCACUCUAGGCUUUUCUUUGUUCUUCAUGGUGGCGCGUACCGCUUUUGGAGAUGUGAGCUAUUCUUUUCCGGAGGAGAUGAAACGCGGAUCUGUGAUUGGAAAUAUAGCGAAGGAUCUGGGACUCGAUGUGAACAGAUUGUCAGCUCGUAAGGCUCGUAUUGAUACUGAAGGUAACCGGAAACGCUACGGCGACAUUAAUGUGAAUACUGGAGAACUGACUGUAGCAGAAAGGAUUGACAGAGAGGGGCUUUGUGGAAAGAAGGCUUCAUGUAUUUUAAAACAUGAACUGGUGCUGGAGAAUCCGCUAGAAAUACACAAAAUAAUGUUAAGUAUUGAAGACAUAAAUGACAAUUCACCACGCUUUAAAAUUGACUUGAUAGAAAUUGAAAUAGCUGAGUCUGCAUAUAAAGGUGCAGUAUUUCUGUUAGAUGAAGCUGUCGAUGCUGAUAUCGGACAGAAUUCUGUUCAUUCAUACUCUCUCCAAACAAAUGAGCAUUUUGUUUUAAAUGUCCGGUCAAGCAUGGACGGUGGCAAGUAUAGUGAGCUGGUAUUAGAAAAAGAACUGGAUCGUGAACAGCAGCAGGAGCUAACAUUGGUUCUGACUGCAGUUGAUGGUGGGACUCCACCGAGAUCAGGUACUGUAGCCAUACACGUCACUGUACUGGAUGCUAAUGAUAAUGCUCCAGUGUUUAGUCAGUCUGUUUAUAAGGUCAGUCUGCCUGAAAAUUCUCCUCUAGACACUGUAGUGGUUACUGUGAGCGCUACUGAUGCAGAUGAGGGACAGAAUGGGAAAGUCACUUAUGCUCUGGGUCAGGGGUCUGAGAGAGUUGAGGAAUUGUUUUCCCUUCAUAAAGAUGGUGGAGAAAUUACUGUUAAAAGUUUGGUUGACUUUGAAGAAGAAACAACAUUUGAACUGAAAGUUUUAGCAAAGGACGGAUCGGGUUUAAAGUCUUAUUGUAAAGUAAUAAUACAGAUUACUGAUGUAAAUGACAAUGCACCAAUUAUAGUUCUUAAAUCAUUAAACAACCCUCUCUCUGAGAAUGCGUUACCUGGUACAGAGGUGGGAAUCAUUAAUGUACAGGACAGAGACUCUGAGAAUAUGGGACGAGUUCAGUGCUCCGUUCAGCAAAACAUUCCAUUUGAACUUGUUCCGUCCCUCAAAAACUAUUUUUCUCUGGUGACAACAAGUGAAUUAGACCGAGAGCUCGUAUCUGAUUAUAACAUUACAAUCACUGCUACUGAUGAAGGCUCUCCAGCUUUAUCGUCCUCUAAAACUAUUCAUUUAUCAGUAGCUGAUGUGAAUGACAAUCCACCUGUAUUUGAGGAGCAGGUUUACAGCGCUCAUGUGAAAGAGAAUAACAAACCAGGCUCCUCUGUUUGUACUGUAGCAGCAACAGACCUGGACUGGAGACAGAACGGUACUGUAGUUUAUUCUCUUCUCCCUUUUGAUGUCAGUGGUGCUCCAGUAUCCUCAUUUGUAUCCAUUAAUGGAGACACAGGUGUUAUCCAUGCAGUGAGGUCUUUUGAUUAUGAGCAGUUGAAAAGUUUCAAAGUGCUCGUCUUAGCCAGAGACAACGGUUCUCCUCCACUCAGCAGUAACGUGACUGUGAGCGUCUUCAUAAGUGAUGAGAAUGAUAACUCUCCACAAAUCUUAUACCCCUCUCCGGAAGGAAACUCCUUCAUGACUGAGAUGGUGCCCAAAGCUGCCCAGUCAGGCUCUCUGGUGUCCAAGGUGAUCGCAGUGGAUGCGGACUCUGGUCAAAACGCGUGGCUUUCUUAUCACAUAGUGAAAGCGACUGACCCAGGACUUUUCACUAUUGGUGAGCACAGUGGAGAAAUCAGGACGCAGCGGGACAUUUCUGAAUCUGACAGUACAAAGCAGAAUCUCAUUGUUUCAGUCAAAGAUAACGGACAGCCUUCACUUUCUGCAACCUGCGCCGUCUAUUUACUUAUUUCUGAUAACUUGGCUGAGAUUCCUGAACUGAAAGACAUGUCUUAUGAUGAGAGCAGCUCCAAACUGACUUUUUAUUUGAUCAUCGCGCUGGUGUCCGUCUCCACUUUCUUCCUCACCUUCAUCAUCAUCAUCCUGGCCGUGAGGUUUUGUCACAGGAGGAAGCCCAGACUGCUGUUUGAUGGAGCUGUGGCCAUUCCCAGCGCGUAUCUCCCUCCAAAUUACGCAGAGGUGGAGGGAACGGGAACUCUCCGCAGCACCUACAACUACGAUGCAUAUCUGACCACAGGAUCACGAACCAGUGACUUCAAAUUCAUCACUUCAUAUAAUGAAGGAGGAACCCUGCCUGCUGACCUGACUGUAAAGAAGACUCGAACGUCUGUUGAUGAUCUUGAGAGACUGGUCAUUUCCGUGAAUGAUUCUCAGGUAUAG